CAAAUUGUACGGGAAAGGAAAGGAAUAAAGUGAAUGAAACUGCCCGAUCAUCUUGGAUUCUGGGGUAAGAGAGCGAGAGAGAGAGAAGAGGAGAUGUGGUCGAACAAGAUGAGCAAGGAAAUGAUGGGAAUACUGUCGAACAAGGUGAGCAAGGAGACACUGAAUCCAGGCGAUCACAUCUACACCUGGAGGAAUGCCUACCUCUACUCUCAUCACGGUAUAUAUGCUGGUGAUGGAAAGGUGAUCCACUUCACUCGGGGGGGUGGCCAUGAGAUAGGCACAGGAACGGUGUUGGACCGCAUAAUUUUCAGCUCAUCUUCCUCGAAUCCUUCGGGCACUCCAUGUCCACAAUGCGGUGAUCAAUCAAGGCUUGAUGGUGUCAUAUCUUCUUGCCUUGAAUGUUUUCUUUGUGGUGGCGAACUCUACCUCUUUCAGUAUGCUGUCUCACCAGUUUUCUUUCUUGCCAAAGCUCGAGGAGGGACUUGCACCCUUGCUGCUUCUGACCCACCAGAGGAUGUCCUCCACCGUGCUGAAUACCUACUGAAGAAUGGUUUUGGUGGCUAUAACAUCUUUAAGAAUAAUUGUGAGGACUUUGCAAUAUACUGUAAGACUGGUUUACUUGUCUUCACUACCAUUUCUGUUGGUCGGAGUGGACAAGCGGCAUCCUUUCUAGCUGCAACUAGUGCUAUUGUUUCUUCACCACUUCGCUUCCUGACAAGCAGUGUUCCUGGUUUGGCUGCUGUGGGCUGUGGGUUGUAUUGUCUUAGCCGUUUUAUCUCUGAUAUUGGAGUACGUCGUGAUGUGACUAAAGUUCCAGUCGAGAGGCUUGUUGCUUGCUCCGGCUUGGAUGAGUCAAUGGCUGCAACUGAGGUGGCCAAGACAGACUAAAUUUGUGACAUGGACAAAAAUUUACAAGUAGGUUGCCUUUAUUGAAUGUUUGUUAUGAUAGAUGUUCUAAUUUUUUGUUCAUUGUGUUUAUGCUUUCCCUGUGUUGAAUGUGAUCAUGAUAUGGUUGGAAAUAUGUUCCUCAUUUCAUGCUUGUAGCUUUAUUUAUACCUUGAUGCAAUUUAUAAUUAACUAUAGUUUCCUUGUUUCUUUUAUCUUUUUCUAGGCUGCUAUGGAUUUGUACUAUGUAAUGCAAGUAUGUGAUUGAUAAUUUUAAUGUGCCUACAUUGUUCUA